CUAAGUAAAAUUAUAUUUUUUACCCUAAUGUUUAUCUAUUGAAUAUUCUAUUUAAAUAGAUUUAUUUGCUAAUGGAAAUGAUUUCUCAUCGGAAACAAUUGAAAAAGGUCGAAAUAAUUAUUAUCAAAAACAAACGGCUGAUACGAUAAAUAGUCAAAUGACAAAAAUAACUUCAUUAAUAACAAAUACUCUUAAUACUCAUUUAAAUAUUGGUCAAAAUUUCACAUUAAAUUCUUCGGAAGUAUUUCUUUCAAUGGAAACAAUAUCAAUUUCAUCUCUAUCAAAUAAAUUUAUUCAACAAAGUGGUAAUACUCAAAUUCGUAUUCCAUCCACUUUUAAUUUAACUAUAAAUGAUAAUUCAUCAAUUUCACUUCGAUCAAUGACUCAAGCACUUGCAUUAGCUGAUAAUAGUCAAUCGAAUACAAAUCUAUCAAGAUCAGUCUCAUUAACAAUAUUAGAUCGUUAUGGAAAUGAACUACCUCUUCGAACAAAUCUUAAUGAAAAAAUUGAAUUAAUAAUACCUCAUGAUCCAAAUACAAUUAUACCAUCGAUGACAUUACAAAAUGUAACUUCAAUUCAAACAAAUUCUCAUUAUCAAAUAUUUAAUCUUCAUUUUAUUAAUCUUCAACAAUCACAAUCGGUUAAUAAUCGAAGUGUUUCAUUAAGUUUUGAAAUGAAACCUUUAGACAUCAAUCAAAGUUAUUUAUUAAUCUAUAGAUUUGAUAGUUCACCACAAUUAAAUAGUUCAAUAAGUCAGAUUGAUGGAUGGUCACUUCUUUGCCCUUCAAAUUUGACAAAUGAUACAUUCUAUAAAUAUUUUCUUAAUAAUGCACAAACAUUUGGUCAUCAAUCAAUUAUAUUCGGUAUACGAGAAUUAAAUUUAACAGAAUAUGAAACUUUUUGUAUAAAUCAAUCAGUUAAUAAUAAUCUACCAAUAUCAAAUCAACCGUUUAAUUUUACUUCAAAUUAUGAAUUAAGAACUUAUACAGCAUGUUGUUAUUAUUUAGAUGAAAAUUCUAUUUGGAGAACAGAUGGAAUAUUAGUUGGAUCUGAAACGAGUCAUUAUCAAACUCAAUGUUUUUCAAAUCAUUUAACAACAUUUGCAGGUGGAUUUCUUGUUUUACCAUCACCUAUUAAUUGGAAUUAUGUCUUUCAAAAUGCUGAUUUUUCAAGAAAUAAAACAAUUUAUUUAACUAUUAUUUGUAUCUGUAUACUUUAUAUAUUCAUAGUUAUAUAUGCACGUUAUAAAGAUAAAAAAGAUCUUGAAAAGUUAGGUGUAACACCAUUAUCUGAUAAUUAUUCUACUGAUCAAUAUUUUUAUCAAAUGAUUGUCUUUACUGGUCAUCGAGCAAAUGCUGGAACAAAUUCAAAAGUUCAUUUUAUUCUUGCAGGUGAAGAAGAUGAAACAGCAGUU